AAACUACCGUCCGUGUGUGUUUGUAAUCAAUAUGAGCAGCCGGGAACGAUAAAGAAUGAUAUCGUUGUUGUUAAAGCUUUGUUGAUUAGUAUCGGUAAAAAAACUGUAAAAUGGCACAGAACACAGUGAAGAAGAGGACGAUCGAGGGCAAGAGGAGCGACAAGGAGACGACGAAGAACGUCGACGAGAAGAGGACGAGCGGCAGUAACAAGGACAAGAACGAGGACGAACUAGUCAAGCCAAAAUACGGUCCUCACGUGACCUUCCCCUAUCAGAGAGUCUGGUCGAGAUGCGUCCUCAUCGUCGGAGUCAUGCUGAUCGUCUGGUACAACAGCAAGGCCGGCAAGGAGGUGGCCCUGGCCCAGCGCAGGGACGUGCUCAUGGGUCGCACGGCCGAGGUUCGAUGCUCGCCGGAGUACCGCGCGGAUCUGGCCAAGUUUCCCGGCUGCGUGCCGGAGAAGUGCGCCCGCGUGGUCACGGACAAGCUGCUCACAGCCCGGGAGAUCGACGCCCUGCUGAGAAUAGCCGGGGCGGGCUUCGAGCACGGCGAGUCCGACGGCGGGGCCAGCACCCUGGACCUGCAGACCGGCGCUCUGAGCAAGGGUCUGCAGUUCGUCGACGCGUUCAAGAUCCAUCGCGAGCGCGACAUCUUCCAGCAGGAGGAUUUCGCGGCGUUCAAGGUUGUCAGAACAAAAAUACAGUCCGCCAUAGCUCAUCACUUUGGAGUAGACGUUAAAAGCAUAUACUUGACGUAUCCAACUUUUUUCUCUAAAAUAACUAAUAAGAGUGCUAAGAGAAUUCACGAUGAGUAUUGGAAUCCACACAUUGACAAAGACUCCUAUGAAUCGUUCCACUACACAGCUUUACUAUAUUUAAAUGACUACGGUGAGGACUUCAAAGGUGGAAGAUUCAUUUUCAUAGAUCAAAAUAAUGUAAAUACCACAGUGGAACCUAGAAAAGGAAGAGUUUUAAUGUUCACUUCUGGUAAAGAAAAUUUGCACGCUGUUGAAAAAGUUACUUCGGGCACGCGUAUGGCAUUUACAGUAGCUUUCACUUGUGACAAAAAGUUUGCUACUCCGGAUCCAACGCUGAAGAAGUAAAACCCACUUGUGUGCUUGAGUGUUUUUUACAUUCCAAAUAGUUGAAAUCGAAUGUAAAAUUGAUCUACCUUCCAGUGUAUGAACUUUGAAUAAACAAAGAUCAAUUUUAUCAUAGUGAAUUGAUGAGUUAUAUACCUAUAAACUUUGAUGGAAAUAAUGUUUUGAAACAAAUGAUGCACAAACUUAUUUUUGUAUCUAUAUCUACAAGCAAUUUGUAACUUGUUGAUUAGAAAAAUUAAAGUUACAUAGGAAUUUCAGCAACGAACAAAUUAUUGUACUGAAUUAUCAAACGCACUGAUUAUUUAAGGCAUUUAGCAAGAGUAAAAGACUUUAAUAUUGUUUUAGUUAUGUAAGGAUAAUUAUAUUGUAUUGAUUGUUUAAAAAU